GAGGGACGCCGCCAGACACGGCGGGGGAGGGGAGCGGCGGUGGCGCAAGCGGCGGCGCGGAGCGGCGCUGCCCGGGUCCGCUGCUGCGUGGCUGCGUGCUCCCGACCCGGCCGGCCGAGCCCGCGGGCCCGCGCGCGCUUCCCAGCGGCCGCAGGAGUCCAUGGUGCGGAACUUCGCGGCGGACUGACGGGGGCCCCGGCCUCCUGCGCUGGCGCGGCCGCCGGAGCGACGCCUGGACCUCGGCCUCAGGAAACUUCUUCCCAAGGAGAGAUGAAGAAAAAAUCUGUAUAUAAUCAUAAUGUGGGUGAUCAGGAGUGUGAAGAUGUUGGAGGCGAAGAAAACCGAAAUAAUGCUGAUACCUCUGGCUUAUUGUAUAAUGAAGUGGACAGGUGUCCAAUAUGUCUUAGUUGCCUAUUAGGGAAGGAAGUUGGUUUUCCAGAAAAUUGUAGUCAUGUCUUCUGUAUGGCCUGUAUUCUUAAGUGGGCAGAGAUACUGGCUUUGUGUCCAAUUGACCGGAAACCUUUUCAGGCAGUGUUUGAACUCAGUGCUUUUGGAGGGUGUGCUGAGAUUCAAGUAAAAAGACAGUUGAGACAAAUAAAAGACAACAAAAAUGAAAGUUCUUUUAAGAAACAACUCUUUUUUCAUGAAAGUUCCAAAAACGACAAAAGAAAAAGAAACACCAUAAGAGAAGAUCUAUUGUGCGAAAAAUUUCAUAACUUGAAGGUGUUGUAUAGAAACUUUUCAAACAAUAAAAUGGGUGGAAAGAAAAAUGCCACAGUAAAGACAAAUAAGGUUCAAAGAACAAAUCAGUGUACAGAUCCUUGUAUCAGAAACGACAUGUCUGGUGUGUUUUCAUGUGGCAGCAACAGUGGGGGACCUCAAACCUAUAGAGCUUCCUGUACAGAAUCUAUAGAAGUCAGUGAAAUCAGUGCAUUGAUUAGGCAGAAACGACAGGAACUGGAGUUGUCCUGGUUUCCUAAUACAUUACCUGGAAUUGGAAGAGUUGGUUUUGUACCCUGGAGUGUUGAAACAACAGUCCUUCCUCUGAUCUCCUCUGUGUUGCCAACGACUAUUUUUCCAGCAAGUACUAUGUCAUUAGAAAAUUUUGGUCCUUCUCAUAAGGGAUGUGCAUUAGCACAUACCCAAGGAGGAGGAGAAAAAAAGCAGACUUCUGGCACAUCAAAUACCAGAGGAUCAAGACGAAAACCUACAACAACUGCUCCUACAAGGAGGUCCACACGAAACACAAAAGCUGAGACAGUCAGCCAGCCCCCGAAGUCCCCAGUGUCAAAUAAUUCUGAGUGUGAUGCCCCAGGGAAUAGUAAUUCCUCUGUCAGUAUUUCCCCUCCAGCUGAAUCAGAAAAGCAAACAAGGCAGGCUCCAAAAAGGAAGUCUGUAAGGAGAGGAAGAAAACUGCCUUUAUUGAAGAAGAAAGUUCGGAAAUGUGUGCCUGCUGAGAAAACAACAUCAAGUGACUCUGUAGAGGAAGAAAUGGCAGACUGCGACCCACCCACGUUGGAGAAAGAACAACAACAGCCCGGUGCAGCUUGUUCUGUUCAAACACACGGAGAAAAGCAUUUGGCUAAUUGCUUGGAAAGUUGCAGUGAGCAAACAGAAGAAAGUGAACAAACGAAGAAUCAUGACGUAGAGGAACAAGUAGAAUUUUUAAAUUUUGAAUCUUGCACUCAGGAGCCUCCUGUACUUGUUGGAGAGGAUACAGGGAUAGAGGCUGAGGAGUCAUGUGCAGCCCAUGAUAGUCCUACAGAUACUGCUGUAAAUGUAAGUAAUUCAUUAGAAAAUGAAGAGCAGGUGCCUGGAAGUUCAGAGCCAGUGGAACAGGCACUUGUGUGUACAGACAGCCCUCCUGAUGACUUUCUCUCCUGUUCACAUUCUGACAUUGAUGGGCACCAGCCAGUGUCCAGUCCCUUGGGUGAAACACCUGAAAAUACAGAGUCAGUGGUUAAUGAUGAGAAAAUAGAGGAGAGUCUCACAGUAGAAAGUACUGACUUGAAAGAGUCUGCAGUAAACAUAGAAGCAUUUGUAGAGAGCCCCAAAGUGGAAUCUUCUGAGGGUGAACUUACACACACACUGGACGGACACUGUGUUGCCAGCUCAGACACUGAGUUGCCUGAGCAUGUUCAAACCGAAAAUACAGGAAUAAUUCCAACAUGUGACACUUCAGAAAAUGAAAGUUCUGGUGCUAUUCAAGAUUGUGAAGACAAUUUAUUAAAACAUAAUCUUGACAACACCCAAUUGGACAAAGCCUCAGAAGAAAUGACAGGACCUCUACUUGAACAUCCCAAACCUGUAGAGUUAGCAAACACACAGACUGAACAGAGUGAGAAACAUUUUAGUGAAGAUAAUAAUGAAACAAUACCCAUGGAGUGUGAUUCCUUUUGCAGUGACCAGAAUGAGUCUGAAAUGGAAUCAUCUGCAAAUACUGACUCUAAACAACUAAGUGAAAAUUCUGUGACUCAGAGUUCUGACAACAAGCCAUCUUCUGAUCCUGCAUUUGCAAAGGUUGAAACUGUAGCUCAACCAGCUGAAAGCCUGGUAGAUAAAGCCACAAAGCCCCGUACUCGAAGAUCUAGAUUCCAUUCUCCAUCUACAACUUGGUCUCCCAACAAAGACGCUGCACAAGAAAAGAGGCGGGCUCAAUCUCCUUCGCCAAAAAGAGAGACUGUAUUAGAAAGCAAGAAUUCUCACUCACCAUCACCCAAGAGAGAGUCUGUCAGAGGACGGAGAAAAUCUCGUUCUCUCUCACCAAAAAAAGAUGUGGCAAGAGAAAGGAGGCAGUCUCGGUCUCCAAAGAGAGAGAAUGCUAGGGAAGCCAAAAGGUCUGAGUCACGAUCCCCAAGAAGAGACACUUCUAGAGAGAACCAGAGAUCUCAGUCCAGAGUGAAAGAUUCUUCCUCAAGAGAAAAAUCUAGGUCCCGCAGCCGAGAAAGAGAAGGCGAUAGAGAUGGGCAGAGGAGAGAUCGAGAUCGAGAGAGGAGAGCCAGAAGAUGGUCCCGGUCCAGAUCUCGCUCCCGAUCCCCAUCAAGAUUGAGAACCAAAAGUAAGAGUUCGUCGUUUGGUAGAAAUGAAAGAGAUAAUUACCCUCCUCGGUGGAAGGAAAGAUGGACAAAUGAUGGUUGGAGAUGUCCGCGAGGAAAUGACCGGUACCGAAGGAAUGACUCAGAGAAACAGAACGAAAAUACAAGAAAAGAAAAAAAUGACAUCUCUGCAGAUACUAAUGAUCCAAAUUCUACAGAUAAGCAUAGAAAUGACUGUCCUACUUGGGUAACAGAAAAAAUAAACUCUGGGCCAGAUCCAAGGACCAGAAAUCCAGAAAAAUUAAAAGAUUCUCAUUGGGAAGAAACUAGAAAUGAAAAUUCAGGGAAUUCUUGGACUAAAAACUUUGGCCCAGGCUGGAUGUCCAGCCGUGGUCGAGGAAGCCGUGGGAAAGGUGCUUACAGAGGUAACUUUGCCUACGGUGACCAGAGUGAGAACAGGUGGCAAAGCCGCACACCACUCUCAGGAAGUGACUCCUUCAAGUCUGUGGAGCAACAGCCCUCUAAGCGGAAAAGUGAGCAAGAGCCGUCAUUUGGCACGGCUGCAGACAGGUCAGGGUGGACAUCUGCAUCCAGUUGGGCUGUAAGAAAGACUCUGCCAGCAGAUGUGCAAAACUAUUAUUCUCGGCGCGGGCGGAAUUCUUCAGGUCCACAGUCUGGGUGGAUGAGACAAGAGGAGGAAACACCUGAACAGGACUCUAACUUAAAGGACCAAGCAAACCAAGUAGAUGGUUCUCAGCUACCUGUAAAUAUGAUGCAGCCACACAUGGGUGUAAUUCAGCCACCAGUGAAUGCCCAGCAUCAGCCUAUGGGGAUGUUCCCUUACCCAGUGGGCGUUCACGCCCCCUUGAUGAAUAUGCAGCGGAACCCAUUCACCAUGCACCCUCCACUGCCCCUGCAUCUCCACACAGGAGUGCCUCUCAUGCAGGUAGCUGCCCCUGCCAGUAUACCUCAGGGACCGCCACCACCACCCCCACCCCCGCCAUCCCAGCAGGUCAGCUACGUCGCCUCACAACCAGAUGGCAAACAAGUGCAGGGCCUUCCCAGUGCUUCUCAUGUAAGUAAUAACAUGACUGCACAAGUCUUGCCUGCUCCAUCAGCAGCCCCAGGAAACCCGGGAUCAGUUCAGGGACCAAGUUCUGGUAAUGCCUCGUCAUCCAGUCACGCCCAAGCCUCUAAUGCUGCUGUCAGAUUGGCAGAAAGCAAAGUAAGUGUCACAGUGGAAGCCAGCGCAGAUAGCUCGAAGACAGACAAGAAAUUGCAAAUUCAGGAGAAAGCUGCACAGGAGGUGAAACUGGCUAUUAAGCCAUUUUACCAAAAUAAAGACAUCACCAAGGAAGAAUACAAAGAGAUUGUGCGGAAGGCUGUGGACAAAGUUUGUCAUAGUAAGAGUGGAGAAGUAAAUUCUACUAAAGUGGCAAAUCUGGUUAAAGCCUAUGUAGACAAGUACAAGUAUUCACGGAAGGGGAGCCAGAAGAAAGCCCCGGAAGAACCUGUGUCUACCGAAAAAAACGUAGGCUGACUCAGGAGCGCUGUAAAAGACACUGUCAAGAAAUCUGCAAAGUGCAAUUCAACGUGUACCCUUACUGAAAAAUACACAACUGUGAUUGAAGUCUGGUUUUGAUAAAAUUAUUUUUUUUAUUGUAGGAUAUAAUGUUUUGUUCUAAAUAUAGCUGUGCACUGCAACUUCUAUAUCUAACCCCCACUCCCAAUAAAACAAAUUCAAGGGAAAUCAAGGGUGGAAUGGAAUGUGCAUUUUUAUCAGAAAUGUGCUCUGAUGUGGAUACUGAAAGAGGUAUAGCUUUGUAAGAGAACAGGAGUGCAUAAAUCAAACUUCUUAUAAGUGCUGGUUUUGGAAGACAUAUCUAUAUCUAUGUAUAAUACAUUUGCUCUGUCUGUCUGUCUGACAAAGUAUCUUUAUGACCUUCCCCCUUUUGACUGUAGAAGUUUAAGCAAUGUAUUGCCAUUAAAUAUUUCUGAUAUUAAUAGAACAUGGCAAGUGCAGGUCCCUAAUGUAUAUUUUUGAAGCACAUUGCUUAGAUAGAAAGCAAGUUGUCAUGAGUAAGAAUUAGCUUCAAACCUGCAGGUGCUCCUCACCUGUUGUAUCACAGAAAAAGGUCACACUGUGUGUGUUGCUCUUGUGCUCUUCUCUCUCAAUCUAGGAAAAAAAAAAAUAGUAGUUUGAUUUGCUACAUCACAACUUUGCCAGUUCAAAGCUUUGUUGAAUUUAGAAGACCAAUUUCGGAAAAGGCUAGCUUUUCAAAAACUAUAUUCUUUCAUUAGACUGUCUAUUUGUCCAUGAAGGUAAAUUAUUUGUGCCAAUUGGAGAUUUGCUAGUAAGUGGUGACCUACCUUUUUUGGAGACUAAGAUUCAAUACAAGACCUAAUUUCCCGGCUUCAGGUUGUUACUCAUCUGUGGUAGUAUCAUAGUGAAAUUCUCGCACUUCAGAAGUUGCCUAAUGGUUUACAGUAAAGAAAGUUUUAAUUUGGUGAUUGGUAGCCAAGCUGCAGAAUCUAGGUAUUAUAAUGUGUCUGACAGAAGCAGAGAAAAACUAAGUAAUGAUAUUUUUGCUUAGGUUAUCAGGGACUAGAGGGUUAUUUUGUUUUGUUUUGUUUUGUUUUUGUUUUUGUUUUUUAGCACUGAGAUACAUAAAUGUUUAUGAAAGGUAAAUUCAGAGUGCUUAUGGCACUUAUAUUCUUUGGCAUCUAGAAAGGAAACUUCUUUAGGAUAAGCUGAUUCCAGUUACAAUUUUCAGUACCCAUGAAAUAGCUGAAAAGGCGAUUCAAUAAAAUUGCAAUGGGUUAGGAUGUACACACGCUCAGUGAGGCCGACCCAUUCACUAACUUAGCAAGAGCAGAGCUCUGUGGGAGCUAGUGUUUCUAGAUACAGGCAGCCUGCUUCUCAGUUCUCAGUUCUGCAUCUAGCUUUGACAGAUAGAGUAAUUUUGAGAUUUUUUUUAACCUCAUAGUGAUUGCACUACAUAGGUAAUCAGCUUUGUUAGGUUAUGAUUACAGUCCUAAAAUAUUUUCAAACAGUUUUUAUUUUCAUUUCUACAUUUCUGGGCAUUUAUGAUGCAGUGUCUUACAGAAAUUUUUAGUUAAAGUGUGUUUGGGUUAAUCAUGUCAGAAGUUUGGAAGAGAAUUUCAAAUACCAGUGGCACACCUUGUUCCUUUCAGUACAGGAUCCCAUGAACAGUGGUCUAAACUUGUGGUCCUGCUUUUAGCUUGUAUGGCAGAGAUACUUCUGUGCUCAUCAGUAAUGCAGCGUGUGCUGUCCUGGCAUUGUUUCCGCUGACUCCUGGGGAGUAGAGGACAUUUUAAAAUUUGUUGUAUACCAUUUGUCUCUUUCAAAACAAGUUUAAAAGAAAAAGGUGAUGAGUGAGGUGUUAAGGUCUCAUGUCUUUGGAUGAACUGCACUAUUCUUGAAAGUAAACGUGUGUGCUCCGUAUCUGGUAGGGUACUGGUUAGAGCGCGUCAGAAUAGUUAAUGAACAUUAACUAUUCUCAUAUAUUCUAGUAUUAGGAUAUAUUCUAACUGGAUUAGAAUAUACACUUUUAAAGAAUGAGUUAGAAAAUGCAUGCUUUGUGUUAAGAAAUAGCAUUGCUUUUACAUUCUUGCUUUUUCUUUUUAUCAAAAGUUCACAUAAGUUGCAUGUGUAAGUUUAUGGAGUUGUAGGUUCCUCUUGCUCGGGACUUGGUAUUGAUUCGACCUUUGGAACCGUGGGCCCUUUACCCUGCUAGUCACGUUGAUUGGUAUUCCAGGCUGUAGAAAUGCCCAGUAGUAGUUACUCAUUAUUUUAACAUUCCAGAGGUUUUGUAGUUGUUUGUUGCUGGUAGCAACCACCACAUCUUCUCCAUUACCUGCCUUUAAGUGCCAUGCUGUGUCCUGCCGACCGUUCCACCCAAAGACAUGUGGCCUCAGAAGCAUAGUGGCUACCUUGAGUUUGAGACGUUGAAGUAUGAGUUGCAGUGCUGUCUGCUGAAACAACACUCUGAAAGAAUCAGAUUGUGGUCUGUAAUAUAUCCUAAUAAAUUUUUUUGCUAAACAAAUUAGUGUCUUUAAAUUUUUAUUAAGUUUUUUGGGAAAUGAUGUCUUUUAUAUCAUUUAAACCAUUUCCAAAUGUGUUGAAUUAUUUCUUGGAUUUUUACCAAAGUAAUGAGCAUCAUGAUUACAUUAAUAUCCAGGCAAUAAGACAAGGUCAGAGUUAGCUAUACGCAUAUAUUUUAAUAGUAGUUUUCAUAAUUAUGUAAUCACUGUAGGAAAUUUAAAACAUUUAAUAAUUACUAAAGAUGGAAGAGACUGGGAAGCAAAGGAAAAAAAAUCACUUGUAAUUUUACCAAAGUUAACUUUUAAGGCUGGCUACAAUGCACAUUGCUAUGUUAUAACCUAUUCUUUACAAUUAAUGUACUGAGAAAUUCCAUUUUAAUAAAAAUUAAUUUCACAGCAUGA